AUGGCGCUGUUUAACUGUUUCGUGGUUCAUAUAUUUAUUUUUCCACAUUUUGUACUGAAAUGUUUAUAGAAUACAUUUUUUAUGCUAAUAAGAGUAAUGAAAAUGAAAAUAGACUUGCUUUUCCUUGUAGAGCAAACUGUGUGUGUUUUGGAAGAGGUGUGCACCUGCAGAAGGAGAGAAGAAGAUGGAGAAGAGCAGGGGAGAACGUUUGCACCCCUGACAUUAGUGGUUUGUACUGUACCGCUGAAAUACAAAUAGGUUUGGCCAAUUAGGAAUAUCUCACUGCUUAUACUGUAUUAUUACCACUGCCACUCACGAGGACUAUGAUUCUCCAUGACCUAUGUAAGGCAUUUAAGCGUGUUAACCCUCGCAAGACUGCUGGCCCAGAUGGCAUCUCUAGGCGCGUCCUCAGAGCAUGUGAAGACCACCCUUGUGAAAAAAGAUAGCAGUCUGAGUGCAGUAUAAUGCAAAUACUUUGGCCAAAAUAAUAACGUUUUUUUUACUGCAUUAAUUUUGCAAUCUCUGUGUCCAAAAUAUCACAGUCGACUGCAGUUACUGGACUUUUACUGCAGUUUCAAAACUGCAAUCUGUUUUUGUAAGGGCAGCUGGCUGGAGUGUUUACAGACAUGUUCAAUCUCUCCCUAUCCCAGUCUGUUGUCCCCACUUGCUUCAAGAUGUCCACCAUUGUUCCUGUACCCAAGAAAGCAAAGGUAACUGAACUAAAUGACUAUCGCCCCGUAGCACUCACUUCUGUCAUCAUGAAGUGCUUUGAGAGGCUAGUUAAGGAUCAUAUCACCUCCACCUUACCCAACAUCCUAGACCAGGGAUAGGCAAUCCUGGUCCUGGAAGACCAGGUGUGUUGAAUUUAGGCAAUCACUGAACUGAUCAACUAGCUCAGUUGGCCAUGUGUGUUGCCUAGUUAGAACAAAAUCCUGCAGUACUUGCGGCACUCCAGGAACAGGGUUGCCUAGCCCUUCUCUAGACCCACAAUUUGGGUACCGCCCCAACAGAUCCACGGAUGACACAAUCGUCAUCGCAAUGCACACUGCCCUAUCCUAUCUGGACAAGUGGAAUACCUAUGUAAGAAUGCUGUUCAUUGACUACAGCUCAGCCUUCAACAUCAUAGUGUCCUCCAAGCUUAUCACUAUGGUCAGGGCCCUCGGUCUGAACCCCGCCGGGGUUAUUCAUGGGAGUGUCCGUAGUGCUGUGUGUCCUGGUUCUGACUUGUAAGGACUCCAUGUCUCCUCAGUGGCUGCGCUACGCUGGUCUGGCUAGCAGGCUGUCCCAGACCACACGGGCUGGACCCUUCAUGGUACGUGCUGUUCAUGCUGUUCGCCAUGUCUACUCUGAUCUCACUACCCCUGCUCUGGGCCCAUAGCCGCAGGAAGUAGUUUGGGGGUGUGGGUGCUGCAAUUUAUUUCAUUGACAGGGGUGCCUGCACUGCAGACGGCUAUAUCGGUUCGCUUAUUAAAGGCCCAGUGCACUCCUUUUGUGAUUUCUUUUUUUUCUUCUAAUUAUUAUUAUUUUUAAUUCACCCCUACUUCCCGCGGCUAUGUCUGAGCCAUGUGUGCUGGCUCGCUCACCUCAGCACUGCACGUCUUGGUGGACAUCAUCUGUCAAUACAAUGAUGUGGAACUGCUGAUAAAGGUGAGGGAAUCACUGCUGCUUGGUUUUACAGCACAUUUCCAUAAUGUUUUUAUAUAUUUUCAUGGUUAAAAGCUCGAGAUAGAGAUUGAGAAUAUUAUACACAGGAGACCUAAAAACCACACGAGCUUGUGAAAGACCUCUCCCUGCAUAGCAUCACAUGUUAAACCCAAGGAUGUGACGUUGCUGCUCUCUGCUGUUCUAUAGUGAGUCCUGUCCCUAUUGAGAAUCCCGUCCCAUGUGAUAGCUAUAAGCAGCUUGUAGCCCAUCCACUACAGUACUACUGUACAACUCUCCUCUUCCUCUCCUCCAUUCUUAUCCUCCUCGCCAUGUGUUGGCCAUAGGGCUGCUUUAAACAUAUAACCCCUUUCUAACACCCCUAAAACCUAUCUAACACAUGUCUAACCCCCUCUUCUCCUCCUCUCAUCCCCCUCUCUCCAGGUGUUGGCCACAGGGCUGCUGUACCUGGGUAUGUACACAGAUGACCUGUUCAUCCACUACCUGACGGACCACGCCCAGAGACAGGCCUUCCUGGAGACACGCCGCUGCAUCGAGGGGCGCCUCAAACUGGAGCAGGACAACCAGAGACCUACCGUACCCUCCAAGUAGACACUCUUACUGCUGAAAAGGGUCAACAUUGGCGUGUGUAACAAUGUGAAGUGUUGUAGGAGUGGCAAGUGACACUGUUAAUGGUUAGGAGCAGGAUUUGUGGGGGGGCAGUUUCAAACUUUAUUUUUGUUUGAUUUCUCAGGCAAGCAUAUUCAUUCUCACUAACAGCCCUUUAUGGUAACUGCAUUUACUCCCAGUCAAAUUUUUCAUUUGCAACAAGUCUAUGUUCACUCUGGUUAUGCCUUAUCUACAUUACAUUCACAUGCAAAUUCAACACAAUGUGUUUAAUGAAAGAUUCUGUAUUUUAUUCUCAACUGGAAAUAUAUGUAAGGACUGGGUGUGUGAGGAUAUACAGUUGCAUUGACAUGACACGGCUGUAUUAUUAGGACUGAUGAGGAAGAAGACUAACUGUAUUAUGAAGACAGCAGAGGAGGGAGAGUGACAGAGGGUCUGUGUAUUUCCCAACAGGAGCGUCUUGUGCUGUCAAUCCUGCCUCGCUUUGUUGCCUUGGAGAUGAUCGCAGACAUGUGUGCUUUGGAGGACGAGCUCGUUCCCCAGGAGUUCCACAAGAUCUACAUCCACCAGUACAAAGAUGUCAGGUACACCCACUCGUGCACACACACACACACACACACACACACACACACUGAAAUUCCAGGAAAUAGUGUCUAUAGCACAUGGACAACAAUUUUCAGAUUGAUUUAAUCACAGAAUGGAUUAGUACAAUAAUAUGGCAGAGAAAACCGAGGAAAGGAUACAGAAAAUAUAUACCGUUUUAUCAACACACACAGUCUGAUUAUUCAUUAUGAUUACUUAUCGAUGCGCUAUGUAUGUUCAUGAGAACUCUUGUGAUUUUGGAGGGUUCCAGUGCUACAUCGAGAAUGAUACCAAAACAGUCCUCUAACAACAGCAUCAUAAUGCUGCAACCCACUGGGCACACACUGCUUGAAUCAACAUUGUUUCCACGUCAUUUCAAUGAAAUUAUGUUGAACCAAUGUAGAAAAUACACUGUAUUGGGGUCUGUGCCCAGUAGGAUGGGACUGACUCUUUGCAGUACAAGUUGAGCAGAAGGGGUAUUCAGCUCCAAUGGAAAAUACACAGAAAAAAAAUAUGUUACAGCAAAAAGACAAAAUUAAAGAUUAUUAUGCAUUUGAAAUGUUACUGUAAUGACACUGAAUGUCAUCAAAAAAUAGUACAUCUAGAUUUCAUUGUGCCAUAUAUUGUUGCAAACCAAGAGGGAUGUUCAGGUGGAGUGUCACAGAUAUUGUCAACAUCACACUGACUCUCACUGCCCCCAGAACUACCCUCACCAUUUAUAUUUGUCUGACACUUAUCUGGAAAAACCUUAAGAAAGACAUUUGUUUCUGUAGAAUGGUAAUGAUUUUUCAGUUCAGUGUGCAGGUUGUCCAGAGUUAUUGGCAGGAUGAUUUUCUUGUUUUGGUCCUUUAAAAUAAUCUCUUCCUCGUUUUUUGCCCAGUGUGCCAUGGACCCCCACUUGCCAAGCUCGUACUCGCAGCAGAAGGCCGUCCACAUAAAGUCGGGGAUGUUGACCCUAUUUUUGAUUGUGUUUUCGCCAGGAACAGCUCCUGUCACUACAUAGGCCAUGGGUUCGGCAAGGUUGCAUUUGCAGUGCUUAUCCAUGAUGUAUUUCACUUUCUUCUCCAUAGCACACCAACUCCCUCCGUUGAAGGUAGUCUUUUGGGGGACGAUGUUGGUCAGGGUGCAGGUGGAGAGUGAACUGUCUUUGUCAUGUGCGUGUUGCAUUGGGAAAAUAUGGCCUCUGCUUACCUUAUGAUCACUGCUAUUUGCCGCCUCAUUCAAGUAGUCAUCGUAAGUAGCUUGAUGAUUUUUUAUGUCCCCUUUAUUUAUUCUCUUCAUUAUAGCACUCUGCUCUCCAUCCAGCUGUGGAUACAAUACAUAUUGCCUUAAAGAUAUUGCUGUAUAAUCUGGUUUACAUUUUGUGACAAAAUAUAUUCUACAUUAUUUUUUAUAAUUUAUGUAUUUAAACAUUGUUGUAUCCUUUGGCUAAUGGUUGCAGAGAGAUGACAAAAUACAAAAUCAAACUGAACAAGAAAUAUUAAUUUAAGGUUAAUAAAUACAGUACCUGAGGCUCAUACAUCCAGAUUCUUUUUUGGGAUUCAUAACUGCCCUUGUAAGUAUAGGCAGAAAACACUGGGAUCUUGUUUUCUGUGUCGUAGAGUGUUGCAAAUGUGUAUGGAUUUGAAUCUUUCAAUUUCUGGCAUAUCAGCUUGUAGCGAUUCUGUUCUUGAUUAUUUGAACUAGUAUGCAGAACAUCAGGGAUCACUGGAGUUGUCCCGUCCAGAAAAAACGAAAGGCAAUUAUCCUCUCUGAAUUCUGUCACCACAUGAGAGAGGCUGAGAGGAGAGCAGAGGAUUAGCAGGAACACAGAGAGACUCACGCCCACCAGCAUCAUCUUUAGGGUUACACGUAGAGGUUUUGCAAUCUGAAUAUGAAGUUUUCAGACUGUCUGUCUGAUAUGAGUAUUGUACACCGUUAUAUACUCUGUUAGAGACUGAGAACCAACCCACAGGGUCUUGGACAAAUGUCACUAAGUGAAUUUGAAUCAUAUUUGAAUGGAGGUGUCCAUAUAAGGAAACCUGUACUCUGUCAGGUCUGAGUGGUUUAUGACUCCCACAUGUGCUGCACAUGCGCACACACACACAUGCACGCACUCACACACACACAAACACACACACACUGCACAGAGAUCACCUUUAGUCAGGCCCUUAUCUCUUCACUCUUGUGUUGAGCUGUUUGCCUAUAUACCUUUUAACAUGCAAAAUCCAGUAUCAGUCACACUUGAGAAGAUGUGCUGGUACUGUAAGUGAGAUAUGCUCUAUCGGUGAAUGUGACAGGCUUGUUUCAUUCAAAGUAAGUGUGAAGAUAGUUUGAAGUGUAACGUUAGUUUGCCUUUUGAUAACAUGCAAAACCGAAAAGUCGCACCGCAAACUGAAGAUGUAUAUUUUUAUGCUCAUGUAUCCAUUUAGUGCAAUUCACACUACUGCAGAGGGUUCUCUUUCGUGACAAAUGGCAAUACAAUUAAUUAUCCAUAGUCCUAAAACAAGUUAACUGCCCCCUUCCCUCCGUUCCCCUCUCUCUCUCUCUCUACAUUAUUGUCUUCCUAUCCCUCUCUCCUACCAUCUCUGUCUCUCUCCUUACCACCCCCUGUAACUCCCUCUCACUUCUUCUUUCUCUCGCUCUACUCUCCCUGUCUCCUCUCUCCUCCACAGUAUCCUGUUUGCUGACAUCAAGGGAUUCACUCUGCUCUCUAUAAACCUGUCAGCUCAGGAGUUGGCCCGUACACUCAAUGAACACUUCGACCAUCCGGCUGAGGUGAGACAACCAUCUGACUAUAAGCCCUGACCACUAACCCUGACCUCUCGCUCUCAACUGUUACCUGUAGACCGGACCCUAACAGAUUUCUCCAGCCCUCGCCAGUAACCUCUGACCUUUAACCUUAACCUUUUUAUUGGGUUAGGCCCUGAUACUCAGAGCACAGUGUAUGCUUUGGCCUAGCUAGUUCUCCUCAACCACAGUGGUCAUCCUAAACUUAACCCUAUCUUUCUCCCUCCCAUCUCUCCCGCUUUCUCUCUCGCGCUUUCUUUCGCUCUCAGCAUUGUCAUCACUUUGCUUAAAGGUCCAGUGCAGUCAAAAUUAAGUUUUGUAUCAUAUUGUACAACAGCUGUGUCACACCCUAAUCUGUUUCACCUGUCUUGUGAUUGUCUCCAACUCCCACCAGGUGUCUGCCAUUACCUCAUGUGUAUUUAUACCUCCAGUUCGUCUUGUCCCGUCAAGUCCUUUCAGCGUGUUCCCAUGUUUCCUGUGCUCUAGUUUUUGCUUUUUGUAGUGUUCCCAGUUCUGACCUUUCUGCCUGUCCCUGAUUCUGCCUGCCGUCCUAUACCUGCAUGACUCUGAUUUGGAUUACGACUCGUUGCCUGCCUUGACCUUCCGAUUGCCUGCCCCUUUUACUGUAAUAAACUAUGAGACUCGUACUAUCCACCUCCUGUGUCUGCAUCUGGGUCUUAGCCUGAGCUGUGAUAAGCUGAUGAAACUUACACUGUAAAAAGUGUUCUUUUUAUCAGUGUUAUUUCCUGAUGGUUGACAGUACAGUCUACACAAGGGUUCUUCAAUUCCGGUCCUGGAGGGCCGAAACACUUCUGUUUUUUAUUUCUACCUGGUAGUUAAUUGCACUCACCUGGUGUCCCAGGUCUGAAUUAGCCCCUGAUUAGAAGGAGAGGAUGAAAAACAGAGGUGUUUCGGCCCUCCAGGACCGGAAUUGAAGAACCCUGGUCUACACAGAACCUUCAGCAGGUUUUGCAUGGGUGGAGUUUCGGCUUGCCUGGUGACAUCGCCAGGCGGUAAGUAAGUUAAUAGACCAAUAACAAAGAAAGUUCCAAACCUCUCUGACAAUAUCAGCAGUGGUGUAAAGUACUUAAGUAAAAAUAUUAUAAAGUACUACUUAUGUAGUUUUUUGGGGGUAUCUAUACUUUUUUAUAUUUUUUGACAACUUUUACUUCACUACAUUCCUAAAGAAAAUGUACUUUUUACUCCAUACAUUUUCCCUGACACCCAAAAGUACUUGUUACAUUUUGAAUGCUUAGCAAGAAAGGAAAAUGGUCCAAUUCACGCACUUAUCAAUUGAACAUCCAUGUUGGAUUGUGCCCCUGGCUAUCUGUAAAAUAACUAAAAUUGUGCCAUCUGGUUUGCUUAAUAUAAGGAAUUUGAAAUGAUUUUUACUUUUGAUACUUAAGUAUAUUUAAAACCAAAUACUUUGGCUUUUACUCAAGUAGUGCUUUACUGGGUGACUUUCACAUUUACUUGAGUCAUUUUCUAUUAAGGUAUCUUUACUUUUAUGUAUGACAAUUGGGUACUUUUUCCACCACUGAAUAACUAGUUUUCCUCUCCCCACUCCCAGACAGUCCUAGCAAAAUUGUUACUUGAGAAAAAGUUGAGCUAAAAACCUUUUUUAAAAAAAAACAAUUUUAAUGGAAAACUACUAAAGUAAGGUACUUGUAACACAGAUGUGAUUCAAGAUUGAUAUAAAAAUGGCUGCAUUGGGCCUUUAAAACUGGAAUACGUAGUGGUAAAAAUGCCACAUCUGUUUGCAAACAACAAAGACGUUACUUCAAACAAUGAACACCGUUUUCUUCCACUUGGACAUCGUUGCACAUAAUUGCAUGCACGAUAGAACAGGUGCAGCAUGCUCCUCUGCCCCGUUUCAAAACCAAAACAAACCUGGGGCGACUAGUAGCGCUGUUUCAUCUUAUGUAGAUAUCAGCUUUAACAUGUGUCCCACAAGUACAAAAAAACGACAACUGUGACAUGAACUUAUCUGCAAUCUAAAUAGCAUUGGCUUACUUGCACCACUCCACUCUACCGUCAUGUUCAUUGUCGCCCGGGAUCGAGCACGCCAUCGAGUUGAGCAGCAGCGAGCGCAUGUGCAUCACCCCGGUAACGCUGGGGUUUAAAGAAGCAAACAUCGAGGACAAGGGAAGGAGGGAGGGGGGAUGGUUUUAAGAGCACUAGAGGGUAAGGGGAUAAAGGUAAGCCAGAGAGCCAUAAAGUAUGCAUACAAGCGAGGGGGAUGUGAUGAUGGUAGAGUGGGUGCAAGUAGGCCUAUGCCAUUUAGAUAGACCUAUACUAUUUGCAGGUAGUUGAUAUCAAUCAAUUGUAGCAUUGCACUUGUAACAAAUGGCAGCUUGUCAAAGUAUUAAACAGUACGGAUCACAAUGUGCUUUCAUAUUGUUUUCCCUCUGGGUCUCAGUAUUCCCAGAUGAGAGACGAGAUGUUCAACUUCCAUGAGAACAACAGCGCCCGCAACCUCCUCACCCUCACUGCCAUCGCUAUCAACUUCGGCCUGGCCUCCACCGACAUGGUGAGUACCAGCCAGGUUUGGGGUCCAUUUCAUUAAAAUUCCGUGUCUCUCUCCCCUCCCUCCCUCCCUCCCUCCGUCCCUCUCUUUCUCCCUCCCUCCCUUCCACUCUCUCUCUCUCCCUCCCCUCCCUCCCUCCCUCAGUCUCUCUCUCUCUCCCUCCCCCCGUUCCACUCUCCCUCCCUCCCUCUGACCUUCAGCAUGGCAAUUAACCCCACUGAUGACCUCGAUUAAGAGGGGUUGGGUUAAAUGUGGAAGACACAUUUCGGUUGAAUGCAUUCUGUUGUGCAACUGACUAGGUAUCCCCCUUCCCUACACUAAAUCAGUAUUGGGUGUGAUUUGGCUAUGAGUUUCCAUUACCAAUUGAACACUUGGUUGAUUUUAUCACUCAAAUUCUAAUGUUUCUGUCUUUCUGUCUCUUCCUUCGUGUGUCACACACACACAGGUCUCACUACCUCAGGAGGAAGGGCAUCUCCAUCCUCCUCAUGACCAUGUUUGUUGUUGCUGUGUUCUACAAUGGAAGACAAGUACAGUAACACACAACAGUCCUUACCUUUUAUUUCAGUAGCGCUCCCCGAGGCAUCUUUAUUGUGUUAAGCAGUUAUGUAGCUGCAACUGAUGUGUCCGUAACUAAUUCAAGUUUAUUGAGUCACCAUCAUCCCUCAGUAAAGGAAAGUCUAUUUGUGAUUGGCUGUUCCUUGUCAUCCAGUGGGAGGCGACAGUGAGGCUGGACUUCCUAUGGCGUCUGCAGGCUCAGCAGGAAGUGGAGGACAUGAGGGAGCUGCGGGAGCACAACGGGUGUCUGCUGAACAACAUCCUGCCAUCGCACAUCGCAAGACACUUCCUGGAGAGGGGCAGGAACGACGAGGUACAGAAAACGCCAUGACACUGUAUAGGCUACUGAACCACAUUUGGCAUGGGUCCUCAGAUCCUCAAAAAAUUAUACAGCUGCACCAUCGAGAGCAUCCUGACUGGUUGCAUCACCGCCUGGUAUGGCAACUGCUUGGCCUCCGACCGCAAGGCACUACAGAGGGUAGUGCGUACGGCUCAGUACAUCACUGGGGCCAAGCUUCCUGCCAUCCAGGACCUCUAUACCAGGCGGUGUCAGAGGAAGGCCCUCAAAAUUGUCAAAGACUCCAGCCACCUUAGUCAUAGACUGUUCUCUCUGCUACCGCACGGCAAGCGGUACCGGAGUGCCAAGUCUAGGUCCAAAAGACUUCUCAACAGCUUCUACCCCCAAGCCAUAAGACUCCUGAACAGCUAAUCAUGGCUACCCGGACUAUUUGCACUGCCCCCCCACCCCAUCUUUUUACGCUGCUGCUACUCUGUUAAUUAUUUAUGCAUAGUCACUUUAACUCUACCCACAUGUACAUAUUACUUCAACUACCUCAACUAGCCGGUGCCCCCGCACAUUGACUCUGCACCGGUACCCCCCUGUAUAUAUAGCCUCCCUACUGUUAUUUUAUUUUACUUCUGCUCUUUUUUUCUCAACACUUUUUUGUUGUUUUAUUCUACUUUUUUAUUAAAAAUAAAUGCACUGUUGGUUAAGGGCUGUAAGUAAGCAUUUCACUGUAAUGUCUGCACCUGUUGUAUUCGGCGCAUUUGGCCAAUAAAAUUUGAUUUGAUUUGAAUAUCCUGAUUCCAAAACAAUCCCUUGCACAUGUCCAUUAGCCUGGUCCCAGAUCUGUUUGUGUUGCCUUGUCAACUCCUAUAGUCAUGUUUUGGCAAGACCGCACAAACACAUCUGGGACCAGGGAACCUAUCCUCAGGUCUCUUCACAUCACAGAUCAGAUAGGUUAAAGGAAAUGCCUAUUAAACAAUCAAGUUCAUAUUAACUUCUCAAUGUGUGUCCUCUCUCCCUUCUUCAGGAGCUGUACUCCCAGUCCUAUGAGGAGGUGGGGGUGAUGUUUGCCUCAGUCGCAGGGUUCACCGACUACUAUGAGAAGAAGGAGAUCAAACACGAGGGGGUCGACAGCCUCCGACUGCUCAACGAGAUCAUCACUGACUUUGACGAGGUGAGGGCGAGACGAGGAGGGGGUACGGCCCAGGCAGAGUUUUGCAAUGUGUUGGAACACCAGAUAUUUUCUCUCACUUUCCAUCCCAACAAAUGAAAGUGUAACUGACAGCGUUUUAACUACUUUACAGAUAUGAAACAAACCGACAAUUAUAAUAUCAGACCAAAAUAUCAAAUUCCUAGUUUACGCUACAUAAACUUUAAAAAUGGGUUCUAUUUUACUUCAAAUUCCAUGACGUACAGUAAGGCAUUGUUGGCAGAAUAGAUGGAUGCAGUUCAAUGCAUGAUUAACAUAAUUCACCAAUACAUGUCUUGGUAGUCCAAAAAAUAUUGCUAUCAGGUUGUAAAUCACAGCUGGCCUGGUACAUUGUUUGCUGCCUCCACCCAUUUGAGUUUCAAUUAUUUAAUAUUUUGGACAAAAACAUACAAAUUUUAUUAAGGCUGGGAAUGUCAAUACAAUCAAACUAGCAAGGGUAAUGAUCACAAGUCAGUCAUAAUAUUUAGCAAGCUAAAAACACAAAGCCUAACGUUAACUAGCUAGCUAGCUGCUGGAAGGAUGUCAUGUCAUUGGACGAGUGGGUGAGUGGACUACUUUUUCCCCUCAUACAGUGAGGGAAAAAAGUAUUUGAUCCCCUGCUGAUUUUGUACGUUUGCCCACUGACAAAGACAUGAUCAGUCUAUAAUUUUAAUGGUAGGUUUAUUUGAACAGUGAGAAACAGAAUAACAACAAAAAAAUCCAGAAAAACGCAUGUCAAAAAUGUUAUGAAUUGAUUAGCAUUUUAAUGAGGGAAAUAAGUAUUUGACCCCUCUGCAAAACAUGACUUAGUACUUGGUGGCAAAACCCUUGUUAGCAAUCACAGAGGUCAGACGUUUCUUGUAGUUGGCCACCAGGUUUGCACACAUCUCAGGAGGGAUUUUGUUCCACUCCUCUUUGCAGAUCUUCUCCAAGUCAUUAAGGUUUUGAGGCUGACGUUUGGCAACUCGAACCUUCAGCUCCCUCCACAGAUUUUCUAUGGGAUUAAGGUCUGGAGUCUGGCUAGGCCACUCCAAGACCUUAAUGUGCUUCUUCUUGAGCCACUCCUUUGUUGCCUUGGCCGUGUGUUUUGGGUCAUUGUCAUGCUGGAAUACACAUCCACGACCCAUUUUCAGUGCCCUGGCUGAGAGAAGGAGGUUCUCACCCAAGAUUUGACGGUACAUGGCCCCGUCCAUCGUCCCUUUGAUGCGGUGAAGUUGUCCUGUCAAGGGGCAAUUUUUCUGAUGAUUUAGGUGACCUACACACAUUUUAAAAAAUAUAUGUACAGCAACAACAUGAAGACAGGGGCAGCAUAUAAGUCAAUACCAGAAGCAUUUAUUGACUGAUCUGGGGAGAUGGAUUCCAGUUUCUGUGACAUAUUAUAAAUAAUCUCUGAUGCCUUUGUUAUAUUAGCUUUUGGUUGAAUGUACUGUCGUAGUAAAUAUAUAAUGUUAUAGCUUGGUCUGACUAAAAUCUUGUGCAUGACCCAUUUUGUGUUGGGCGUUUGUUUUCAAUCAAUGCUGUUCCUAUCCUAUAACAAUGGACAAAAGAGUCCUAUCUUGUCAGCCUUGUCAGCAGGUGGCCAAGGACAACACCCACGCCAUAGGUCUCUCAGUUCUUCCAACUCACGAGUUCUUGCUCUGAGGACACACACACACACACACACAUCAUCACUGUUAAACACACACACACACACACACACAAAAAUCCCCUCUCUUUAGGCUGAACAUUUGAAGACAGAGAACCCGACUCAGAGCCAAUGCAACAGUGGAGGGGACCUCGCCCAACUCAUCAGGACCAAUCAGAAGAUCAGAACUACUAGAUUCAACCUACAUCAUUUAUUGUAUAAAAUGUCUGCACACAAUGUUUUCGGGGCUCUCUUCAGAUAGCUCCCUAAGAGUUUGACGAACGAGUCCGUGCACGCGAUUCCAGAUAUCUUUACCUCUGAAUAAACUGCCUUUAUUAUACCAUAUCCACCCUGUCCAAAGUCUCUACUUGGUCUCAGUUCUCCAGUAAACUUGUGAUUAUCAACAGUACACAACGGUAACAAACAAUUGGGGGAACUCACGGGGCAGAUAGUAAGGUCGCAGUGACACAGAAAGCAGUUCAAUGUCGGGGGUACAGAGUCGCUCUCUUACCAGGAUCGAUUUUCCCUGUGACUGUGUCAGAUCGCGGUCCGCUCUGACCAGGGUGAAGCCGGCCGGCUCCACUUCUCUGUCCGGGACUCUGUCAUCCAGCCAAGUCUCCCAGCUGUAUUGGAUUCCGCUGCCAGCAGCGUUUUCAUUAUUUAGUCUGUUCGUAGCGGGUAUGUACACGAUCAACAAGAUCAGUCCAAAACCCACCACUGGAAAUCCAUGGUUGGCAGAAUGUUUGUAAACUAAGUGUACAAAUUAAAAACAUAAAAUAACGCCACUAAGUGUACAAAUUAAAAACAUAAGAUAACGCCACACUGCAGGUCGCAACAGAGACGCUGCUAGCCGCUAUUUUCUUAGUUACGUUCAUGGUUACGUCACGUAUGACGAAAGCGCGUAAGUGCAAGCCCACAGACACCCAUAGAGAUUGUAUUGAAAGCUUUGAAAUUUGAAAAAAAUAGAUUUUACAUGGGAGUCUAUGACAGACUUCUGGGCGAUUUUCAACAUGACUGAAAUCGCCCCAAAAACGGGCGGGGCCAUUUGAAGCACGACUUUAGCCUGAUUUGACAUUUAGUGGCAGUCAGAUCAGAUUAGAACACUGAUAACUACUGUUGCCGUGAUAUAAUUGAUUAGAAAAAAAAUCCCUUCCUUUUCCCGUUUGGCAGUGCGUCGCCCAUAUCGCCCUAUUGAACACACCGCCCCUGCCCUUAGCAGAAAAACACCCCCAAAGCAUAAUGUUUCCACCUCCAUGUUUGACGGUGGGGAUGGUGUUCUUGGGGUCAUAGGCAGCAUUCCUCCUCCUCCUCCAAACAUGGCGAGUUGAGUUGAUGCCAAAGAGCUCGAUUUUGGUCUCAUCUGACCACAACACUUUCACCCAGUUCUCCUCUGAAUCAUUCAGAUGUUCAUUGGCAAACUUCAGACUGCCCUGUAUAUGUGCUUUCUUAAGCAGGUGGACCUUGCGGGCGCUGCAGGAUUUCAGUCCUUCACGGCGUAGUGUGUUACCAAUUGUUUUCUUGGUGACUAUGGUCCCAGCUGCCUUGAGAUCAGUGACAAGAUCCUCCCGUGUAGUUCUGGACUGAUUCCUCACCGUUCUCAUGAUCAUUGCAACUCCACGAGGUGAGAUCUUGCAUGGAGCCCCAGGCCGAGGGAGAUUGACAGUUAUUUUGUGUUUCUUCCAUUUGUGAAUAAUCGCACCAACUGUUGUCACCUUCUCACCAAGCUGCUUGGCGAUGGUCUUGUAGCACAUUCCAGCCUUGUGUAGGUCUACAAUCUUGUCCCUAAUAUCCUUGGAGAGCUCUUUGGUCUUGGCCAUGGUGGAGAGUUUGGAAUCUGAUUGAUUGAUUGCUUCUGUGGACAGGUGUCUUUUAUACAGGUAACAAUCUGAGAUUAGUAGCACUCCCUUUAAGAGUGUGCUCCUAAUCUCAGCUCGUUACCUGUAUAAAAGACACCUGGGAGCCAGAAAUCUUUCUGAUUGAGAGGGGGUCAAAUACUUAUUUCCCUCAUUAAAAUGCAAAUCAAUUUAUAACAUUUUUGACAUGCGUUUUUCUGAAUUUUUUGUUGUUAUUAUGUCUCUCAUUGUUCAAAUAAACCUACCAUUAAAAUUAUAGACUGAUCAUUUCUUUGUCAGCGGGCAAACGUACAAAAUCAGCAGAGGAUCAAAUACUUUUUUACCUCACUGUAUUAUGACGGCCCAACAUUUUUGAGAGGGUUUAUCUGCUCUUUUCUCGUUAGAGUUUAGCUCAUCUCGCUCUGGCUAACAUUAGUUGUUGAUCAAUGGAGAGAUAGCCUACCUGUUCAUGGUUGUUUGAUCAAUAGGACUGUAAAGUUCCCAAAUGUAAGAGGACUCCUGUGGUAUUUACAUAUUUGCAGAAAUCCAUUCAGGUGUAUUUGUGGCUUUUGGUGAAUGCUUUCUAAUGGUCUAAAGUCACGCUGUUGCUACUGUCUGUAAACACCCAGUCCAGUUCAAAGUCAAUGAUGGCUGGCCCGUGUGGCAAAUGGCUUAUUUGCAUAUAGGCCUACUGAAGCUCUGAUUGGCUAUGGCGCACCGGUCUGUCUGUCUAGAGUCCGGUCCUGGACAAGACUGACAUGUUAUUAUUAGGUUUUAUUUACUGCAGUGUCUAUUAUUUGUCCAAACGCAUGGCCGCUUUCCCACUAUAUAUUGCUAUAGAAUUUUCACAAAUGCCUUACUCAUUCCCAAACAUUUUAUGAAAACGUGAAAAUGACCAUAUCUAAGUGCUCGCUUGUCAGAAAAUGUUUUUUAAAAAGCCGUCAUAUUCUUCAGGGAGGUGUAUAUGAACAGAUUUGUAACUAGUUUUUUGUUAAGUCAAAAAAACUUCUCUGAGGUGAGCUUCCUCACUGUCUUUCUAUCAUUCUCACUCACUUUGACUUUUCCGUCUUUCUUUCCCUCCCUACUCCUUCUCUCUCUUCACACUAGCUGUUGGAGGAGUUCUAUUUUCAUGACAUUGAGAAGAUCAAGACCAUCGGCAGCUGUUACAUGGCAGCAUCUGGCUUAUCUCCAGACAGACAGGUACUGCAACAUCCUUUAGUCAUCUGGGUACCAAACCAAACAUACAUUUUUGGAUGUGUCAUCAUAACUCUUCAAAGAGGGGUUGCCUCAGGGAAAGUAGAGAGGGGACUUACCGAAAAAUUUAUUUUCCUUAUUGCUGUCCUCUUGUUCUUUCUGUCCUGUCUUUCUCCCGAACCUCCCUCCCUCACACACAUACACACACACACACACACACACACACACACACACACACGCACAUUCAAUGUCGCAGUCCCAUGGACGUGUGAAUGGGUGGCACCACCUGAGUGAGCUGGUCCUGUUUGCCUUGGCCAUGCAGGAGACCCUGAGAGAGAUCAACAAAAACUCUCACAACAGCUUCCAGCUCCGUGUG